UGCAGUCCCACUGGAAGUAUGAUUUACGUAUUUGGGGUUUUUCUUAAGAACUUUGUUGGCGCUUUGAUUAAAGCCCUAUGCAAUGUAAACAGAAGCAAACACUGCAUGUUCUAGUGAAGUCACAUGGGAAAAAUGUUAUUAUUCUUGAAGUAUGGCUUGAAAUUCACAGUCCAGAGAAACUCUAUUUUUAAAAAGAGCUGGAGAAUCACUGAACUGGCAUUGAUUGGAAUAAAUGUCCACUAUGUAAUUGUACAAGUCUGCGAGCAACCUAAACGGACUCUGUGGAAGGACUGUGAACCAAAUGUUGAUUCAAGAAAUGACUAGUUCUAAAUAAAUAAAUAAAUGUUCUUCAAUAAAACGGUGUCUAGAAAUAUGUUACUUAGUCAUAGUGAUUCAUGUUCAAAGAAAGAAAAUAAAGUGACCAUUGUAAGACUCCAAGUUAUUGUAAUCUGCUGGUUAAAGAUUUCCUUUUACAACAAAAUAACGGUCUAAUAAGUCUGUUGUGUUGCCAUUCAGCCAACAAAUGCCAAGUAAUUUCCCAACAAGGCAACAAUUGUGCAAGCUGAACAUGUUGCUUUUGACCUCGCUGCAUAGAUCAGCACCUUUUCCAUCUGCUGGAACUUCAGUCAACUAUCUGCAGGGUUAGUAUCUUGGCUAAUUAUCUGAAUAAAAAAAAAAACAAGGUAGAAGGACAAACAAAACUUCCUUUUCUAUUCCUAUAAGAAAAAGGAGCCCAUCCAUUUAUCUCCAAGUUGUCUUAGCCAUUACCUUGUUUUACAUUGUGUUGAAUAGAAAAUAUGUCUUCUGGGAAAAAUUGUGUCUAAAUCCCCUGUGCUAUUUUUGUUUCCAACUGUCCCUUUGUUUUUUUUUCUAUCUCUUUUUAUAUCCCUGUGUUUGUUGUGUGAGGUCAUUCCCUUGUCUCCCCUAAUCCCUCGUGGUGGUCAUCUUUCUGUCCCAGGGUUCAUUUCUAAUCCAUCCAUGGUCCUAUGCCGUAGCUGCUAACACCCUCCAUCUGUCCCUGUCCUCAUAUAAAAACGAGCCAUUGUCCCGCAUUACAAAACUCUCAUAAUUCACGGGGUCUCUCCUCUCAUCCUUUGUGUGCCUGUAUUUCAUCCACUGUGAACCCAUCCUACCAUCACCAAAAGGUAAAAGUAUUUUUUGUAACUUCUCAAACAAUUGCAUUUUCAGUCAUUUCUUUCCAUCCGGAGAAAAGUAAUUGAAUUUUCAUUAUAAUUCUUGUGUGCAGUUACAAUAUAAUAAUGCUAGUUAUCCAUUAUUGUGUUUUUGUGCCCUGUACCAAACUUGUGUGCUUAUUUAGGAUUCAAAAAUUGCUGUAACUAAAGGCAGAACAGUAUGUAGUUCACCAAUGAUGGUCAUAACCUGCAUACAUCUUCCUGGCAUAAUUGCCUGUGAUUUGUGUAGCGUUUGAUUUUGUCCUAGACCAAAUGGACUUACGAAACUAUGAAUAAAAUUCACUUUCAGAGCAAUACGGAUUCACCUUAACUCACAUAAUCUCCCCCUGCAUCCUUGGCUAAAAUUAUCCCGUCAGAAUUCUGUUGUUAAUGCCGCUAUGACCUUGCAUGCCCCUCUCUUUCUGCCACUUUCUCAUCCUGUUGUCUCUUGCAUCUAUCCCUACUUGGGUCGAUCCAGAGCGAGGGCAUCUUCCUUUUGUAAUUUGAUCCUGUCGUGCAGAGUUUGCCAGACUCAGAUGCUGAGAAUCUCAUUAGCAAAGUAGCAGCAGGGCAAACUGUUGAAAGGAUGCUGGUUUUAGAUGGGCACUGCAUGUGCUUGCAAGCCUUUAAGAGACCGUAAAGUACAAGAAGGGGUGGUGACAGUUACAUGCCUCAUACAUUCUCUCUGGCGAUGACACUGUAGCUAUAGAAUUGUUUCAAAUAGCAGUUAUUAUAUGACACUGAUGUGAAUGAGGCACAGGGAAAGGAAUCUGACAGCUGAAUGCUAACGACUGCAAUUAAACUGUGUAUGACAGUCAUUAACAGCAAUUCCUGCAAUCAAAUCCAGAAGUUCCAGUUAGGGAAAGCAAGCAAGGCCAGGUUCACAGCAAUUUGAUGCCUUGUCCACUGACUUGACAGCUGUGCAAAACAGAACUAGGUGCUUCUUGUUCUCAGAGAGCAAAAUGAGAAAAGAACAUGUCUGAAACUGUAGUAAUGAAAGAACCGAACAAAGAAAGUGUCAGAAAUCGUAUCUGACCCCGUCUUUGUCUGCGCAUUCCCACCUGUUCUCACCCCAUCAGUUUUCAUAUGAAGCAUUCAAUCAGAUGUCAGCACUUUAGGACAAUGGAACAAUUUAGAUCUGAUGCUACUUUGGCUUUGUCACUCUGUCCUGCUCUUUCAUCCUCUUUCUAAAGCUAUUACGAAAUGAUCUGCUAUUUUUCCACGUGCUGUCUAUCUCACUCUCGCUUUCUCUUCCUCCUCCUCUCAUCCAGUUUCACCAUGUCUGAUGUAGAGGAGGAAUAUGAUGAACAAGCAGAGGGUGAGUAGAAUUGUUCUUUUUUUUUUUUUUUUUGCCCUCUAAAACUUUAGCUUCAGUGAUUAUCAGUAAAUCCUUGGCAUAAUGUGUACCCAGAGGCCAGUUAUAGAUGUCUGUUGUGGCCCUGCUGAGCUUCAGUUGGUUUCACAGAGCUAUGCAUGUGUCUGAUUGGGUGCUUAGGCUUUUCACAAUGCCUUUUCCAGGAAGGGUUAUUCUUACAGACCGAUCUCAUGUUGCUGUUGGCGUACAUCUGUAACAAAUGGUGUACACUUACAUAAUCCUUUGCACACACUUAUUUAUAUACAUACUCAUAUUCUUUCCUGAUUGUCCUCACGUGCUCUCUUGGGCACAGAAUUGAUAUUCACUUAUGUUUUCUUUUUCCUUCAUCAUCUUGCCAUUGCGGUUUGUUUAUUGAUGAGAAGCAGAGGAGGAGGAGGAGGCUGCAGAGGAUGCAGAACAGCAGGAGUAUACAGAAUAUCAAGAGGAGGCUCAGGAAGAAGAGGAGGAAAGACCCCGGCCCAAGCCCAUGGUUCCACAGCUUGCCCCUCCAAAGAUUCCAGAGGGUGACCGGGUUGACUUCGAUGAUAUUCACAGAAAAAGGAUGGAGAAGGACUUUCUGGAGUUGCAGACUUUAAUUGAUGUCCACUUUGAGCAGAGGAAGAAAGAGGAGGAAGAACUGAUCGGUCUCAAGGAGAGAAUUGAGCGGCGGCGGGCAGAAAGAGCAGAGCAGCAGCGUGUUCGAGCAGAAAAAGAAAGAGACCGACAGACGAGGAUUGCGGAAGAGCGUCAGAGGAAAGAGGAUGAGGAGGCUAAGAAGAGAGCAGAAGACGAGGCCAAGAAGAAGAAGGUUUUGUCCAAUAUGGGGGCAAACUUUGGUGGCUUCUUAGCCAAGGCAGAGCAGAAACGGGGGAAGCGUCUUACUGGACGAGAGAUCAAGAGAAAAACUCUUUCAGAGAGGCGCUCUCCUCUUGGAAUUGAAAAUAUGCGAGAAGAUGGUUUGAGGCAACGAGCUCAGGAGAUGUGGAACUGGAUUUACCAGCUGGAGUCAGAGAAGUUUGACCUCUUGGAUCAUAUGAAGAGACAGAAAUAUGAGAUUGUUGUUCUGCUGAACAGGAUUUCUCACGCUCAAAAGUUCAAAAAAGGCCAUGGUAAAGGAAAGGUUGGAGGUCGCUGGAAAUAAGAAAUUGGGAAAAUAAUGAAAAGACACCAUGGAUGCUUUUACUUUUGACUCUUCUGACAAUUUCAUAGCCUCUGCAAAAGGAUAAUAUUUCUGAAUGUAUUCAAAACUCCUCUCAGAUCUGAUGUACUUGGAUUAGAUGAAUCACUUCUGUAUUAUUUUCAUUCGUAAGGCACUUUGGAAAAAAGUGUCUGCUAAAUUAAUAAAUGUAAGUGGAAAAAAUG